AUGCCGGCUUCUAUACUUGACCUUCCAACGGAACUCAUCCUGGAGAUCAUCCAUUCAGACAACUCUACAGAUGCUACUACCAUCGCUUGCUUGGGAAUGACUUGUCGCAGUCUCCAUGACAUAUGUCAGGUUCUUGUCCUCGAGCGCCAACUUCCCGUGCUGCGCCGCGCAUCAGCGAGCAUAGGUUGCCUUCGUAUCUACAAGAACUCUGGUUCAAUCGCAAUGGAAGAUGAAGGAUUAGAUGACGUAAAGAAGAUAUUUCAAGCUUCAUUCCACAAAAUCGAAUACGUCCCUGCAGCCUUCAUUGUUGAGGAAAUCGCAGGCGUCCACGGACUUAUUUUUCACGCCAACGCUGUUGGUCAUAUUGCCCUCCAUCUCGAUUUACUGCCACGCAUGUCUGGCCACAAAGAUUGGUACAAACCGCUGGCUUCGUUGAUCAGGAUUUCCUGGGAGAAGAUGGCAAGCUUGUCUGUCUCGGGUUCACCACAAUCCACAUUCCCCCCCAUCCCCAAAACCUAUUUUUCCAAUUUUGGCAGGCUUAAGGACCACUUUUUUGGUCAUAAAAUGCGGUCGGGUGGUAUUGGUACUCUGCCCAACCGCCAGGCUGGCGCACCGGAAAGGGAGAUCCCCAACACAGGCAUAUAUUUCGGUACACCCCGAGAACUCAAAAGUUUUGAGAUACACUCUCCCCUCCUUUUCAAUGAAACAUGCUUUCCGCACACCUUACGAGUUCUGAAUGGCGGAUACCUUACCAAAUUAUCUUUAUGGCACACAAGACUCCGUAUCUCAGAUUGGUCCAACAUAUUGCCCCUACUUUCCAUGCCUCUCCUAUCUGAAUUUAAUGUUCGGGAUUCCAACAUCAAAUUCCGCGACCUUUCAGCAUUCUUGCGGCGUCAUUCAAGCAUAACCCACCUCGACAUAUCUUGCAGUAUUCCACUAGGACCAAUCAUGCCCCCGAAGGGCUUUCUUCCUCACCUUGAAGUAAUCAGCGGGAACCCCGAUUAUCUUUCAAGAUUACUUUCCAGCCGGAGACACUUAUUCCCACAUCUACGCUCCGUUGCGUUGACGCAUUAUCCCAGGCGACUCAGAGUUAAAGCUCUUGAUAUUCUCUUGCGAAACUUAGCAGAUCGUAAAAGAGGGACAAUCCACCUUUCCAUCGAAUUUUCGGAUGCGACCGGUCUUACGGAAUGGUUUUCCAAGGCCAAGUCAGAAACAUGGUCCUUGGAUUGUGUGGAAACAUUGGAAAUUAUCAUUUUGGGAUGCCGCAUUUCCUCACGGAUGUGCGACAGCUUCUUUUCUUGGGUAUCAGACAAGUUCCCAAAAUGCAUGUACGAUAGGGAAAGCAGCGAUGUGGGCGUACCGGAUUGGAUUGACCUUCGUCGCCACCAUCUUCUCGUAAAGAGUACGAGAAAGGCCAUCGUCGAUCCUGUGUUAGCCCUUUUCGCUGAUCUUUCUGACGGUGAAGACGAAGAAUUGACUGCGGAAGGGAAGAAAGAGAGAGAGGAAGCGCGUGAGAGGGAACGAGAGAGGGAGAAGACCAGGGAGUUUAAGAGACGGAAGAUUAGGGCGUGGGGUGGGUUGAGUUUACCCUCUUCUUCUUCCCGGGGAGGGGAGGAGGGAGGUUUAUUAGGCGUGAUGUGGAUGAUGAGAGUAUGGAUGUUGGGGAUGGGGAGGCUGCAGGCAGCGGACUCUGUACGAUUGCAAGGUUUGGCUUGA